CUUACUAAGUAAGCAGUGGAAACAUAAUAUAAGCGAUGUUCUUUUGUGAUAUUUUGUGAAAAGAAUAGGCCUAUUAUUGCUGUCAAAUAAUUUAACAGCUGUUGACGACGUCCGAACAUUUUCCAACACUUCGUAAAUAGUGUCAUGAAAGUAUGUGUAGUGUUCAUUUUUGCGGCAUUUAGCGAAAGAUUUAAUAAGCGUUGUGGUAUAAGUGUAAGAAUUUGUUGAUUCUUUAUAACUUAAACUGUGGAAACGUUAAUGGUUCAUAAAUUGGAGUUUUUGUGGUAAUCAUAAACAUAUUCUGUUGAAGAUUAAUUUGUCUACGCAAAUUGUCUAAGCAAAUAAACUGAUACAAAAUUUGCGCUAAAAAUUUAUACGGUUGGGAUUUGAAUUUAAAUUCUAAGAAUUUGCACGUUACGCCAUGGCGUUUAAUGGAGUAUUAUAAAAAUUAUAUGUAAGGCCAUAUAAUCAAAAGUAUAAUGUUGAACGAGGAACUCAUUAAAAAGGUAAGAAAAUAUCCUAUACUAUACAAUGAAAGGCACAAGGACUUUGAGGACUUGGACAAAAAGCGUUCGGUGUGGGAAAAAAUUGCAAAUGAGUUGGACAUUAGUCCAAUUGAUGUAAUGAGACGGUGGCAAUGCUUAAAUGAUCGAUUUGCCCGGGAAAGUCGAAUAAUCAAAGAUAACUCGGAGAAUAAGGAACAAAAAAUUAAGUCAUGGCCACUUUACAAUAGCUUGCUGUUUCUAAGAUGUAACUUCAAUAAAAUACCAAAUAGAAAAAGUGCUGCUUCUGCCAAAUCAUCAACAAAUGUUCCUCCCUCAGUUCCUGAAAGGUUGCAACCACCACCAUUACCAUCCGCAUUAUUACCAAUUUUGGAAUCAGCAACAGUUGAAACGCAGGAAACACCGACUGAUAAACGUGUAACACGAAGCAAAGGAAGACCGGUUGAUGAGUCGGAUGUGGGUAUAUUGCGUAUGGUGGAAAAAUAUAAGGCAUUUUGCAAAUCCCGAAUGAAGAGGAGAGUAGAAAAUAAUGAAGUUUAUGCAUUUGGACAAUACUUAAUGUCUGUAAUAGCUACCUUAAGUGAACCAGCGCAAGCCCGGGUUAUGCAUCAAUGCAUUAGUAUUAUUACGGAGGCAAUGAAAAUAGAGAAUGCACCUAUGCAUUAGUAUAACUACGGAGGCAAUGAAAAAAGAGAAAAAUGGAAUUUAAUUUCACGUCACCUGUGAAUAUUUUUUUAAGUAGUAACGACAGUUAUUAUAUUUGCGCUGUGAAUUGUUUUUUUUAUAUUAAUUUUGGUAUAUAUAUUUUUAAUCUUAAAAAAAUGUUUAAUUAGU